CCUGACAGCAAGCCCCUCCCACGCCGCUCUGCGCAUGCCUCAGCCUUAAACACGUGGCUUGUGUCGGAGCGAGCAAUGGCGGCAGCGGGCGGCGUGUACGAGCUGCUUCCCCCACCGUGCGCCUUCUCCCCGCGCGGCCGGGACCUACUGGCUCUGUCCGGACCCGACGGGAGGAUCCAAGUGUGGGACACCCAGGGCGGGGGCUUGAGAAAGGAAUAUGUUCCCUCCGCGCAUCUCAGCGCGACCUGUACCUGCCUGGCGUGGGCUCAGGGCCGAGCCGACAAGGAAACUCAUCAGAAAAAGAAAAGGAAAUCGGAGGCGUCAGACAGGGCCGGGCACUACGACCUUCUCACCAUCGGCACCGCCACUGGCACCAUUUUAUUGUACAACAUUGUUAAAGGAGAGCUACAGAGCAAGCUGGUCGGAGGGCAUGACGGCAGGGUGAACUGCGUGCGGUGGCACCACGAGAACAAUUCCUUGUACAGUUGCUCAGAGGACAAACACAUCAUCGAGUGGAACACACAGACCUGCAAAGUCAAGUGCAAAUGGAAAGGAGACAACAGCAGUGUCAGCAGUUUGUGCAUCAGCCCCGAUGGGAAGAUUUUACUUUCAGCGGGAAGAACCAUCAAACUCUGGGAUCUGGAGACCAAAGAAGUCUAUAGGCAAUUUACAGGGCACUCAACAGCGGUCACAUCACUCAUGUUCCUGACGGUGCAGCCGCCCCAGGGGUCUCAUCCUAUCAAAGACUCAACAGGCCUUUAUUUCUUGUCCGGUGCCGUGCACGACCGGUUAAUCAGCGUAUGGCAGGUUCGAUCUGAAAAGGAGAAAAGUUCUGUCCUAUCCUUCACUCUCACAGAACCACCGUUAUUUGUGGACCUGAGUCCAUCUGAGAGCAAAGAGGAGCCCCUGAAGCUGGCGGUCGUGUGCCGGGAUGGGCAGUUGCACUUAUUUGAACAUGUGUUAAACGGGACUCACAAGAAGCCGAUAGCACCUACUUGUACGGUACAGAUCGCAACGUCGGGCAGCGAUGACUCCACCCCCAAGCCCAUCCCUAUUCUGGCUGCCGCUUUCUGUGCCGACAGACAGUCCCUGCUCCUUUUCUACGGUAGCACCGUGCAGCCCAUCAUUGAGAAAGUGGCGCUGAAGACAGACGAGCCCAACAUAUGCCUUAUCCGCGACAUCCAAAAGACUGUGUCACUCAGAAAGGACAUGCCUGUAACAAAGGUGAAAACUCCAGUUGUAAAUUCAGACUCAAAAGUUCUAACGCCCGGAAUCCCAGGUCACAGUUCGGCAAUUUCAGCCGCCAUGGCACAUACCAAAAAGCAGGAGAGCAAGAGGAAGCCAGGAGACAAUGAGGCCAGCAUAGAGGAUCGACUUGAUGCUAUGGAUAUAGACACCACCAAAGUGCAGAGUAAAGGAGGCUUGCCGCAGACUGACAACUUUGCCGUUUUGCUGGUGCAAGGGCUGGAAAGCAAUGAUGUAAACAUCCUCAAUAAAGUCUUUCAGACCAAAAACGACUCGUUAAUAAGGAAAACGGUGGCCAGAAUCCCUGUUUAUGCCGUUAUCCCCCUGGUGCACGAGCUUACAUGGAGAUUACAAGGACAUCCCUUGAGUACAAUAAUGAUGGUGAGGUGGCUAAAGGCUGUGUUGGUCCUCCAUGCGUCCUACCUCUCCACUUUGCCGGAUUUGGUCCCACAGCUGGGGAUGUUGUACCAACUCAUGGAGAACAGAGUGAAGAACCUGCCCAAACUGUCUCGCCUCAAUGGGAAGCUCUACCUCCUCAUAACACAGGUGUCUGCGGCUGAGAGAGCUCAAAGUACGGCCCUUGAUCAGGAGGCAAAACUUGUCUAUGAAGAAGAGUCUUCGGAAGAAUCUGAUGAGGAGCUGCCUGGGGAGUCUGAUGAGGAUUGGGUGGAAGGAGAGGAGGAGGAGGAGGAGGAGCAUAUGGAGGAAGAUGAGAGUGAAACGGAGGAUAAAGAGGAAGAGUCUGAAGAUGAAGACAUGAAUGUGGGGAAAAUAAAUGGGGAUUCAGAUCCAGACGCUGGCAAUGAAAGUGAAGAGGAAUAGACUCCACCCCUCUAUAAUGGCUUCUCCCCGGAGCCUUUGGUCUCACCAGUUCACUGUGCAGACUUGAGCCGUAGCGGUCCCACAGGAUUUCAGCUGACAGAAUGUCAGUCAUGUCCUGCCUUUCUCACCUCCCAAAAUCAGAUCCGCUCUCAACUCUGUUCUCACGGUGACCAGUCGCCUCUUUAUGGACCUUUUUUUUUUUUUUUUUGUGUUUGGAAUAAACGAACCACUACCGCCAUAUGGUAAACCUUUUAUUUCUUAAUUUGAGUUUUACUGAGUUUGCUGCCGUGAGACGAUAUGCCCCCCCCCCUGUAUCCAUAAACCUCUUGCAGGAAGCGGUCGCCUUGAUAUGAAUUUUUUUUUUUUUAAAACUACAUUUCUCAUUAAUCCACAGUAACAACUCUCUGCCUUUUGUGGGGGAGGAGCUUUCCAAAACAUGAUUCAUUUCCACCUUGUGCGCUUUAAAGAGUUGAGAUUGGGUGGGGGGGGGAAUCUGAAAAAUGGACUGAUUUUUGCACAGUUAAUAAUAAUUCUUAUAUGAAAUCACAUCUCUCCCAGUGAGUCUGCACAUAAGGACAGAGCUGUAAAAUUCCCGAGGUCGGGCACAUGCAAAGUAAAUACCGUGGACUUGAUUUUAUAUUUUUUAAUUUGAGCAGCAGAGUGGGGUCUUUUUUUUUUUUUUUUUUUUGAAGUAAAAAGCAAUUUGAUUCCCCCCCCCCCAGCGGACUGCACUGCUUUAUCCACCGGUAUAAUGUACAGUAUAUUUGUCUAUAACUGAGCUGUUAUUGGUCAAUGCCGUGACCGCUCCUCUGUAAAGUGAAUAAAUAUAUAGUUCUCCUUUAA